AUGGCAGUGAUUAAUCAACCCUCGGGUCAAAUCAAACUCACAAAUGUUUCUCUCGUACGUUUGAAGAAAAAUAAGAAGAGAUUUGAGAUUGCAUGCUACCAGAACAAGGUUCAAGACUGGCGACUGAAGGUAGAAAAAGACAUAGAUGAGGUGCUUCAGAUCCCGCAAGUUUUCAUGAACGUCUCUAAGGGACAAGUUGCCAACAAUGACGAUUUAAUGAGCGCAUUUGGAAUCACAGACCAUGAUACAAUCAUUCUAGAGAUUCUUGAUAAGGGCGAAAUUCAACUUCACGAGAAAGAGAGAAACGCCAAUUUGCAACAGAAGCAAAACGAGUUCUUGAACAUCGUAUCCACUAAAUGCAUAAACCCACGUUCAAAAAAAAGAUAUCCACCUAGCAUGAUCCAAAAGGCACUCUCGAAGUUGAAAUUCCAUCUCAAUCCUACGAAACAAACGAAAAUACAAGCCCUUGAUGCUAUUCGUCUACUUAUCAGCUCACAAGUGAUUCCAAUUGCUAGGGCACAAAUGAAAGUCAAAAUUACAGUCCUCGCUCGUGUACAAGAGGCGUACACCGAACACAUAUCACCAUUGUUGCACAAAGUCGAGGCCGAAAAUCCUGGCGAUAAGCUAUUCGAGGUUGUUGCAAUCAUUGAUCCAGCUAAUUAUAAAACAAUCGUUGACUUGCUACUGGGAGAAGAUGCUAGCAAGAUCAAGCGAGGCGAAGGUUCAGUCGAGGUGUUAGACAUGGCCGCUGUCCAGGAGUAA